CGGGUCUGAAGUAACAGGACGAUUCAAAUACAAAUUUAAUUACAAAGACCGUACUGAUUUUCUUUCACUGUCUUUGUCGCCACCUGGAUCUCGAAAUAACUUUUCUUUUCGAGAAUUUCCUUCCCUAUGCCAAUUGCUGAAUUUAGAGAGCUGUUGAUACCAUGGUUUGCGGUUGAUGAAUAGUUGACGGAACUAAGAGAGUCUAUUAUUAUUAACAAUUUUUGGUAUAUAUUUACAUAGUAUAGGGUUCGGUUUCUAAGGAAUGGCAUAUAAUGCUGCUAAGGAUCUUAUACUGCUCAAAUUUAAACAUAUUUUUAAAAUAAGUUGGUAAUGUAUUUUGUUUGUUGAAUUUUGCUAAUAAACUAACGUUAGGAAUUAGUUGAAUGAACCAUGGGAGUGGAUUUAUCAGUUAUUUACUAAACAUUUCAAGAGUUUCAAUUAACUGAGACGUGUAUUUAAAAUGUUAUAAAAAGUUUAAACAUUUUUUAUGAACAAGCACUAACCGCCUUUUUAAUAGUUUGAUAGACAAUCUAACAGUUCCGCAUUGUAAAUACAUACAAAUACAUAUACAAAUAUUGCUUUACUUUCCACAUACUGAUGCGCUAAACAAAUGUGUAAAAAAUUAGAUAUCGUUCUGAGAUUCUGAGGAUUGUUGAAAACAACGACCCUUUUAUUCUAUCCUUUUAAAUGCCACAUUUAGUCUUAAAUGUGAGAUUAUUGUUGUCCCUCCACAAAUUUUAAUAUAUUUCAACAUAAAUUUAAUUUAUAACAAUUUCUGAUAUAAAAUAUGAAACAAAAUUUACAUUUUUUAACAUAACUGAUAUACUCCUUAACAAAUAAUCCUAACAAUUACAAUCGGAACCUAAGAAUAGAUAAUAAAAAAUUCAGAGAUAUAUCAGGAAUUUUGUAUGUAUGUACAACAUAGCGCUUGUCAAAUUUCCCUUUAUAUUAGAUAGUUUCAUAAAACCGAGAACAUUCACCAUUACCAAUUACUGGAUUAAUUUUGUUAUUCCAAAAUAGCAAUACGAUAUAUGAAAAACUAACUUAGAUUCCAAUGUUUUAUAAAUUCGUAGCUAUCAUACGUGCCAUCCUGUAUUAAAGUCUAUAUAAUAAAAAAUAAACACCUGAGUUUGCCAAACAUAUGAGGUAUUCCAAUCAGUUUUUCAAUUGCGUAAAUUGUCGCAUAAGAAAAGUGGCUUAUAUUUCAAAUAAAAUUUCGCGCUCCAAUGCUGAAACUAUCUAGCCUGAGUUAUUUUUAACUGACCGUAGAUUUUGGCGAGUUGUGCAACGGUGCUAGUUUAUCUAAAUCGUAUUCAAGAACAAUUACAAAAAUUUAAGUAAAAUGUAUUUUGCGUGAGACAAUUUAAGUGAAUUUUUAGUGAUACAAUGAAUACGAAUGUUUAUAUCAACUAUUUUGAUCAAAAAAUUUAAAUCAUGAGUGAAAGAUUUCAGAUAUUCAAUUUAAUUGAAAAACUUCGUCUUGUUCAAAACUAUUUCUUAAAAAUAAAGUUGUGUGUUCUCACAAAAAAAUUCAUAUAACCUCCAAAUCUCAGUAUUAACUCCCGUUAAAAUGACCGAUAUGUAUUCAAAUAAUUCGGUACAAAUUUGUUUUCCAAAUGAAUCAAUUGUGUCGCAUGACGAUUUUUUUAUUUAUUUGUUAAAUUGUGAUAAAACUACGGAAGUAUUAAAAUUUAUUCUAUUUCUACAUGUUGUAACACCUUUGAUAAUAUUAUGGCUCUGUUUAAACCGCAAAGAAAAAUUUCGGAGAAGAAAAAUUACUGAAGUAAAUGUUAAAUCAGAGACUAAUAUAAAAGUUAUUCUUCCGCAACAAGUUCUUUGGAAACCUUCAGGACGUUGUCAUUCAUUAUUUAUUAUGAAACUAUCGCCUUCUAAAGACACGAGUCUUCUAGAUUUAGAUGAUAUACAAAAAAUUCGUUAUAUCGAAAAUCGAGAAAGUCAAGAGGAUGAAAAAGACUACAAUACUGGUGGAUACAUGCCUAUUAGUAUUGGAGACAUUCUCAAAGGACAAUACAAAGUUUGUAGAAAACUUGGUUGGGGACAUUUUUCAACAGUUUGGUUGUGCCAGAAUUUAUCAAAUGAUGGGCCUAAUUACGUUGCCCUGAAAAUUUGCAAAAGCGCACAAAUGUUUACUGUAGUGGCUCAAGAUGAAAUAAAACUACUGAGAGAUACAAAAUUGAUCGACCCUUCACAUAUAGGCUAUAAACAUAUUGUCCAAAUGGUGGAUACGUUCAAAUUAUUGAGUGUUAAUGGAGUACACACUGCCAUUUCUAUGGAAAUUAUGGGGCCCUCAUUACUACAUCUAUUAAUACAAUCUGAUUUUAGAGGAAUUCACUUAAGUGGCGUUAAAAGAAUUAUUACACAGGUAUUAAAAGGCUUGACAUACCUUCACGAUGCUUGCCGGAUAAUUCAUACAGAUAUUAAGCCCGAAAAUAUACUGAUUAAAGUGGAUGAAAAUUAUAUAAAAAGUAUUAUAGGAAAAACAGAAAAAUUUUCCGAGCUUGGAAUUGAUAUGCCUCGAUCAUAUGUUGCUGCAGAUUGUUGGAUAGAUAGAGACAAAAGCUUGAAGGAUUCUGACGAAAAUAUUCUAUCUAAAUUUGAAGAGCAGAGAGGACAAUCGUACCCUUAUGAUAAAUUUUUAGGUGAGCUGCCAGAUUUUAGAAGAAGGCACGCCGAACCACGACUUAAUGCACCAAUGUGGGUCAGCCCAAACAUCGAAAUUAAAAUUGCUGAUUUGGGAAAUGCAUGUUGGGAGGAACAUCAUUUCUCCUCAGAGAUUCAGACACGUCAGUAUAGAGCUCUAGAAGUAAUACUUGGUGCCGGAUAUAGUUUUCCAGCUGAUAUCUGGUCUGUGGGUUGUAUGGGAUUUGAAAUGGCUACUGGAGAAAUGCUAUUCAGUCCAAAAGGUGAUAGGGAGCCAUCAGCAAACUUAGAUCAUUUAUGUCUAAUUUGGGAAACUCUAGGUAGUAUACCACAGUAUAUAACUGAAAAUGGAACGCAUGCUCGUCAAUACUUUAUAAAUGGUCAGUUAUGUGGCGUAGAUAAGAAAUUGUUAAGAAUAUGGAAAAUUGAAGAUGUUCUGGUAGAAAAGUAUAAGUGGAAGAGGGUAGAUGCUAUUCCUUUUGCUGGAUUUUUGGAAAGUCUUAUAGAACCAGAUCCGGCGCUCCGUUUCACUGCAUCUACAGCUCUUGAAAGUGAAUGGAUCACAAUGGUUGAUUAAUCAUUUUCCAAAACAGUUCUUAACAUGAAUCUGUUCAAAGACUGAAGUUUUUAUGUUAUUAUUGUUUCUUAAUAUGUUCAGUACCUCCUCUAGGAUUUUAUAAUAAAGUUUUGAAAAGUUGUAUA